UUGGUGGAUGACGCUGGCCCCGUUUUCACUCAGGUCUGCGGCGCACCAGAGAUCUGGCGUGACGUCAUAGCGCAGCUGCGGUCCACUGGACGUACGAGGUUGACAGAAUCCGGAGGUCUGAGCAGUAGACGUGACGUACUAGGCGAGUUUGUGACACACCGGAGAUUCGCCCAUAACACAUGGAAGAACACAGAAAAAGCAGCCAAGUUCCACCUGAAGUGGUCACCGGUAACCCUAGUGCCCCCAUCCACCCUCAACCCCAUUACCCAGGGGAGCCCGGGCCCCCGUCUUACUCAGGGGGCCCACCCAACAACCAGUGGUACGCGGGGGGCCCCGUGACCAACCAGCCACCCGCCUACUACCGACCCGAGCCCAACCAAGUCCAACCCAUCAGCAUGAUCAGCGCCCCGGUCAACCAGAUCAGCAACCCGGUGUCCCAGAGCAACAACCAGUCAACCUCGGUCGUCAUCAACCAACAGGUACAACCCCAGGGGCAACAGCAGCAACGGAUGUGGUCAUCAGGGAUCUGCGACUGCUUCAACGACUGUGAAAUCUGCUGCAAGGGCUACUUCUGCUACCCGUGCCUGGAGUGUCAGGUAGCCACAGACAUGGGUGAGUCCUGCUGUUUACCUUGUUGUGUACCUGGCUGGCAGAUCGUACUCAGGACUAUGAUGCGCACACAGAGGAAUAUUAAGGGAUCCGUCAUGGAUGACUGCUGUAUCGUCUGCUGCUGUCCUGCUCUGUCUCUCUGUCAACUGGCACGUGAGAUCAAAGACAUGCGGCGACAACAACCCAAUCAAGUCCACUAUUGAUCCGCUAGUGAUAGAUUAUCGAUCUACUGUUGAUUGGUUGUUGUUAUUUCCACAGAUUGUUAUAGGUUCUUGUGAUUUUUAUGUUGCAUGACCUUCAUAUUGGGCUU